UAAACACAAGCCAUGGAUCGAGACGGAGUACCAGGGUAUCGUCAUGGAGAACGACAACACCGUUCUUCUCAACCCACCACUGUUCGCCCUGGAUAAAGACGCUCCACUGCACUAUGCAGGUGAGAUCUGUGGCUUCCGGGUGCACAAUGGGCCCUCAGGAUCCAGUUCGGUCCAGUUUGAGGCGGUGGUUCUGGACCGCUCGACAGGGGAGGGCCUGAUCCGCUCUAAAGAGCCCCUGGACUGUGAGAGCCAGCGGGAGCACAGCUUCACCAUCCAGGCCUAUGACUGUGGAGAGGGCCCCGAUGGAGCCAACAGCAAGAAGUCCCACAAAGCCACGGUGCAUGUACGUGUGAACGACGUAAACGAGUUCUCCCCAGUGUUCGUGGAGCGUCGCUACGAGGCCUCCGUCCCAGAAGGCCGUCUGUUCGAUCGCAUCGUGCGCGUGGAGGCCCUCGAUGCAGACUGCUCCCCGCAGUACAGCCAGAUCUGCUUCUACGACAUCAUCACCCCCAAUGUUCCCUUUGUCAUCGAUAACGACGGUAACAUUAAGAACACAGAGCCAUUGGAUUCGAAGAGCCAGCGCGUCCACACCUUCUGGGUGACCGCGUUCGACUGUGGCAAGAACCGCGCUCAGGCCGACGCCCAGGUCGUCGUCACGGUCAAACCGUCCUGCAAACCCGGCUGGAUCAGCUGGUCGAAGCGGGUGGAGUAUACCCCCGGGUCAGGCAGCAUUCCCCUGUUCCCCAGUUUGCACCUGGAGACCUGCGAAGAGACUGUGUGGAACAUCCAGGCCACCGUAGAGCUACAGACUGGCCAUAUUGGGAAGGGCUGUGACAGGGACAGCUACUCAGACCGAUCAGUACGCAGACUCUGUGGUGCUGUGAGAGGUGAAGUGGACUUACUCCCGCCCCCGUCCCCAGCAGCCAAUUGGACCUCAGCCUUGCCCACCCUCCCUUCUUCUGAUUCGUCCCUGGUGUUCUCCUUCAAUGGCUCCACCCACGUUGCCGUUGUACCAGACUCCGUUGCCGCGGCCGUAUCCGGAGACCAUUUCACCCUCCAGCUGUGGAUGCGAAGGGGUGGGAUCAACACCCAGCCUCCGACUAAUCAGGCCAGAGGAAACCGCAGGGAGGAGGAGACUAUCGUCUGCAGUACCGUCAAGAAUGGUCAGUCAAAUGGGCAGUCACAACU